CAACUGUUCAUAGCAUCGGAAGCUGUGCGCGUCCUUUGCGAGAGAAUUGCGUAAAGUUUAGUUGUUGUUUAAACGAAAUUCCGCAAGUUUCUGUUAGUUAAAUAUAUAUUAUUUUUUUUGUAUUUAAGUGUCAUGACGACGUAUUUUAAAGGAAUGCUUAAUUAGUACUGCAAUUAUAUAUAUAUAUUGGCACUUUGGUGAAUCUAACAAUGCACUCGAAUCUCCUGAUAUUUAUUUGGCGACGUAAACUUUCCUUUUUGCUGGUCGUCUCUGGUCUAGUUUUGCUUGCUCUUUGGUCGUGGGCUUUAUUAAUUGAGAAUACAAGUACCCGUACACCGCAGUUGCUUACGACGCAACGUUCCGAUGCUGGAUCCUAUCAUCAGGAGGUCCACAUCAUCCAGAAACUAAUUGAACAGGCCAAUCGAGUUCUUAGAGCAGACCGCCAGAAGGAUAAUCUACUCGAGUUAAAGGAAAAAAAAUCAUUGGGCAACGUGCGUUUCCUGCCUACCCAACAGACAAAGCGGGCUCCUCGAUUGCCUUUAGCCGAGAGUUUAUUAUUGGAGCAGGAACGCCUGAAAAUUCUCGAACAGCAACAGAGGCAAAGACACGCGGGCGGCAUGGAGGAAUUAAAUGCUAAUGCAGGUGAAGACGAGCGUAUGCUUAGCUCAGCGGAAAGGCAAACUCAAUAUGAACACGAACUGCAACGUAUGGGUGUCCCUGUGGUGGCUGGACUAGGGCCAGAUGGUCCACGACCACCGAAUGAACGUUUCAUACAUUUGGACUUGAAAGGCGCUCCACCCAAAUUGAGUUUCCUAAAGCAACUGUUGCCCAUUCUAAAAACUUUAGGGGCCACUGGAUUGCUGAUAGAGUACGAGGACAUGUUUCCCUUUAGUGGAGCAUUAGAAGCCUUGGCGGCUCGCAAUGCCUACAAGGAGGAGGAACUAAAGGACUUCCUGGAAAGUGCUGCUCUGCAUGGGCUCAGUGUGAUGCCUCUGGUGCAGACCUUUGGUCAUUUGGAAUAUGUCCUGAAAUUGGCCGGCUUCGAGCAUUUACGUGAGCUUCAGGAAAGUCCCCAAUCGAUUUGUCCAAGUCAGGCCCAGGGAAUGGCUCUGCUGGAGCAUAUGUUGACCCAAGUGAUUGAGUUCCACAUGCCGCUAUCCAGUAAGCUGACACAUCUUCAUCUUGGGUGCGAUGAGGUGCAACGCUUGGGCGAGUGUCCUGCCUGUCGUCAGCGGAUGCCCAACGAGUUGUUCCUGUCGCAUGUAAUAAGUUUGGCCCACUUUGUGCGUCAACGAUGGCCCCAGCUGCAGGUGGUUAUUUGGGACGAUCAAUUGCGGCAAAUGGCAUUGAGUGAAUUGCAAAACUCACAAAUUGGCAGCUAUGUGGAACCGAUGAUAUGGGUUUAUGCCAACGAUAUAUAUCGUUUCAUACAGCCACAACUGUGGAAUACUUAUGCCAAGAUCUUCCCAACGGCCUGGGUGGCCUCCUCAUAUAAGGGAGCCUUCGGAGAGAGUCUUCUAGUUCCGCCAUUGCAGCAGCAUCUUGAGAAUAAUCUCCGCUGGUUGGCUGUUUUGGCCAAAGAAGGCGGACGUUUUGUUAAAGGACUGCGUGGCUUGGUUCUAACGGGAUGGCAGCGGUAUGAUCACUUUGCCACACUCUGUGAGCUUUUGCCCGUGGCAAUGCCAAGCCUAAUGACUUCAUUAUCGACUGUCGCCAAGGGCUACUUUAGCACCAAUCCCCGAGAUAAUGAUCUGUUACGGGUAUUACAGUGCGUCUUUCAACCAGAUAGUCGGCGUUCAGGUCAUCCAUGGUUAGAACUUCAUCCGAAUGCCCAUCACAGUCAAUUAUUUGCCGUAUGCACUUAUCCAGGACAUCUGAUCUUUAAAUAUGCUGUACGGUUAUAUGGUAAGCUGCAAGAGAUUUCCACCUAUUUGCAACAGACGAGAGAGCAUAGUGCUUGGCUUUCCGAUUACAAUGUGCGGCAUAACUUUAGUUCGCCCCUCAGGGUUAGGGAUCUUAUCUUGCACACUCCCCGUCUAAUUGAGGAGAUGCGUUCCAUGGUUGGUGAGGCUCAGCAGCUAAUGUGGGAGGUCUAUGAUGAGUAUACGGUAUCAGAAUUUGUCGAACAGCAUAUCUAUCCCAAAAUUGAAGCUUUGCAUCGUCAAUUGGAGCUGGGGGAAAUGCUUCUACAGCGGCGGACAUGGCCACAGAGGCCACUUCCACUGACAUUAAGGUUGCAAGAGGAAAUGCAGCCAAAACCACAAGAGCAUCAGCAGCCAUAAAAUGUCAAUAGUUUGACUAGUGAUCAAUUAAAAUGUUAACAAAGCGUAUGCGCUUUUUCAAUAUCUCUGUUUUUUUUUUUGCUUCUCUCAUCAGCAAUUCAAAAAUUAUUUACACUUUUUCUAUAUAGCGAAAUAAAAGUAUACCAUGUAUAAGAAAUACC